AUGUCAUCUCCUCGCCCUAAUUUCACUGAUUUAAGUGAUCUCCACAAAUGUGCAAAUGAUUUACUACAUUCACCACACAUCCAACAAGCCCUUCACCACCAGCAACAGGAGACGAUGUUGUCCGUUCGAGAGAUCUCGGAAGCCUCAUUGAAGAUGUUAGAUUUGUGUGGUACAACAAGGGAAGUUCAUUUACUUAUCAAGCAACACCUCCAAGACCUCCAACACACUCUCCGUCGAGCCAAGAUUGAAGAGUUUGACUUCGACGCCCACAUCAUGGCACACACCCUACACCGGAAGAAGCUCAAGAAGAAGGUGUCUAAAUGCCUUAGAAUUACAAAAGGGACGAUGAAGAGUAAAUGUUUUACGUCCGACCUUUCGCUUUUAGACCAUAGUCUUAUAGUAGUUGUGCAUGUUUUGAGGGAGGUUAAAGGGGCUACUAUUUCUAUUUUAGAGUCUCUUUUAUCUCUUGUUAUAUUGCCAACUACUAUACCUAGUGUUAAUCAUGGCAAAAGUUCAUCGUUCGCGUCGAAAUUAAGGCGUAUAAAUUGCCAAAGAUUGUUAGAGAGAUGUGAUUCAAUGGAUAUUGGAGUGGCAAAUAAGAGAUUAGAGGAAGUAGCAAGUGCCAUGGAAGAGCUUGAAGUUGAGUUAGAGUCUAUUAUUAGGCGGUUGACAAGAACUAGAGUUUUACUCCUUAACAUUCUUACAAAUUAG